AUGAAGGCAUCUCUAUUACUGUGUGUCAUCACUACGGCUUACAUCGCCACUGCGGUCCCCAUUAAGGAGGAGGAGCUUGGAGUAUACCCCCGAUUUGUCACCUUCCCCGAUGGCGAUGGCCUACCUCAAAUUGCUGACUUACAAGCCGAACCUGAUCACGCCCUCUUAGAAGAAAUUCAAAGAGAUCCCGCAAAUAACCUGUACUUAUUGUUUACUAGAAACAAUCCUACUCAGGCACAAACUUUGAUCAUCAACAAUGUUGAAUCUAUUGUGACUUCAAACUUCAACCCUGAAGACAACACCAUCGUGAUUGUGCACGGGUGGCUUGGCGGUCAGGAUGCUGGUAUCAACCCAACUGUCAGAGACGCUUAUUUGGGUAAAGGCCCUGCCAACGUGAUUGUCUUGGACUGGAGACGCUUGGCUUUGUCCAACUACGUAACAGCAGUUAUUGGAGUUCCAGACAUUGGUGUUGGUUUGGGACAGUUCGUCCGAUUCCUCAUCUCUGUAACUGGUAUCCCUUAUGAGUCCAUUCAUCUGGCCGGCUUCAGUUUGGGUGCACACAUUGUGGGCAACGCUGGAAGGGAACUCGAAGGAAGAGUAGCUCGCGUUACUGGUUUGGACCCUGCUGGUCCUCUAUGGCACUACAACGAUAACAAGAUCACAGAAAACGACGGUAUCUACGUUGAGGCUAUCCAUACCAAUGGUGGAAUCGAUGGUCUUGGUAUUGGCAGUAUUGUCGCCAACGUUGAUUUCUUCCCCAACGGUGGCAGGUCCCAGCCUGGUUGUCUGACCUUCUUGUGCGAUCAUGACCGUUCCUGGGAACUGUUUGGUGCUAGCGUCACAUACAAUCACCUGAUAGGCGCUGAAUGUUAUAGCAGCAUGCAAGUCACUCUCAACUCUUGCCGAGGUCCACCAUUCAAUCUGGGCAAUGAUGAUUUAACUAAAACUGGAUCUGGUUUCUAUCGUGUUAACACAGGCAGAAGAUAUCCUUUCUAA